AUAGUUAGUUGGUUAGUUAGUGGAAAAUGUCGAAAGCCGGAGCAUUGGCGGGAGCUCAGGCUGAUCCCGGGUCAGUCGUCUCGGAUCCACAGCAUUCCCAGAAGCUUUUAAGAUCCCUGCGUUCCUUCAGAGAAGAUGGGAGUUUCCAGGACGCUGUUUUGGUUUUGGAAGGUGAAGAAAUCCCUGUACAGAAAAAUAUCCUGGCAGCCGCGAGCCCAUAUAUCAGGACCAAGCUAAAUUACAACCCACCCAAAGAGGAUGGCUCGACAUACAGAAUCGAGCUGCAGGGCAUCUCUAUGCCCAUCAUGAAGCAGAUCCUGGACUACAUAUUCAGUGGAGAGAUCUCUCUGAGUGAGGACACUAUCCAGGACGUGGUGCAGGCUGCUGACAUGCUGCUCCUCACCGACCUCAAGUCACUGUGCUGUCAGUUCCUGGAGAGCUGCAUCACGGCGGAGAACUGCAUCGGCAUCCGGCUCUUCUCCCUGCACUACUGCCUACACCACGUGCACCACGUGGCCACCGAGUACCUGCAGACGCACUUCAGGGACGUGGUGGACACGGAGGAGUUCCGCGAGCUGCCACCCGAGCGUCUGUGCGAGCUGUUAGCCAUGGAGAAACUCAACGUGGGUAAUGAGAAGUACGUGCUGGAGGCCGUGGUGCGCUGGCUCGCCUACGACAUCGAGGCCCGUCGGGUGCACAUGAAGGAGGUGAUGUCUGCAGUGUGGGUGCAGGGCCUGGACCAGAGCUACCUGCAGGAGCAGAUGGUGGGAGACCCGCUCAUGAGGGAGGUGAUUGGCGAGUGCUGCAUGGAGUCUUUAAGAGGCGCAGCACAGCAUGGAGAGGCACUGCUCGCUGCCUUCAAACCCCGCGGCUACUCUGAGUGCAUCGUCGUUGCAGGGGGUGAGGACAGGGCUAAGGACUCUUGCAGCUGCAUUCUGGAUGAACUGGAGCUUGUUUAUACACCUACUGCAACAUCCAGACACACACGGAAGCCGUCUGCAGUGACGCGCUGCAUGUGCCCUCUUUAUGACCGGAACCGGCAGCUGUGGAUCGACCUGCAGCCCAUGAAUGAGAGACGAAUUGGUCAUGGGGUGAUCACUGCCGAUGGCUGCCUUUUUGCAAUCGGGGGAAUGGAUGAAAACAAGACUGUGUUGAGUAGUGGAGAAAAAUACAACCCAGAGACUAACACCUGGACGCAUAUUCCACCAAUGAACCAGGCGAGGCAGCACUUUUGUAUUGCUGAGAUGGAUGGCCUAAUCUUUGUGCUGGGUGGGGAGAAUGAGGACACUGAAGUCCUCCUCACAAUGGAAGUGUUUGACCCUCACCUUAAUAACUGGACGACCCAGACCAGCAUGACUACUGUCCGAAAGUUUGGUUGCUGUGCUACAAUGAAGAAGAAGCUCUAUGUCAUGGGAGGAGGGUCUUAUGGGAAGAUUUAUGACUCGGUAGAAUGUUACGACCCCAAGACUCAGCAGUGGACUACACUCUGCCCUCUAAAGGAGAGGAGGUUUGGCGCGGUGGCGUGUGGUGUAGGUCAGGAGCUCUAUGUGUUUGGAGGAGUGAGGAGCAGAGACGCAGACAACCCCGAGUCCAGUCAAAUGACUAUCUGCAAAUCGGAAUUCUUUCACGAUGAGUUGAAAAGAUGGGUGCUGCUCGAUGAUCAGAACCUGUGCAUACACACCACAUCAUCAUUCGUAUAUGGAGCUGUUCCCAUUGGGGCCAGUAUAUAUGUGGUAGGAGAACUGGACACGGGCACCAGUUACGACUACGUGCGAGAGUUUCGGCGCAGCACAGGCACUUGGCACCCGACUCGCCCUCUCCUGCCUUCAGACCUGUGUAAGACCGGCUGUGCUCCACUCCGCAUUGCUAACUGUAAGCUGUUCCGGCUGCAGCUGAAACAGGGUCUGUUCCAGAUCCGAGUGCCAUCCACGUAACAUGCACGUCCACACCUGUGUAGUCAUCUGCUCUCUGCUUGCUGAUUGGGUCAAUUUAUAAAAAAAAUAAUAAUAAAUGAAAAAAAGCACACGUGGCACUUGGGAAUCUCUGGAUUUUAGGUGAGGAUGCUUACUUGAGUGAGCUGUGUAGGGACAUUUUGUCCACUUUGUUUCAUCUUGUUAAGGGAAUGUCUUGUUUUCUUUACUUUUUAUUUUAUUUUAUUUUAUUUUUACUGUAAGGGAUUCGAAUGUCAUUUUGAUAUGUAGCUGCUUUAUUUUAUUUUUAUUUUUAAGUGUUGAUACUGUGUUUUCAGAGUGGACCACGGGUUGUUACUUCUGCCUUUCAAGCCAGCAUUAACACGCACAGCUUCAACAAAUAGAUCACGAUGAUCUUUUUAUUAUUAUUAUUUUUAUUUUAUUUUUUUUAAAAAUUUGAAUAAUGUAUGAACGGGCUUACACCUGGAUAUACUAUUGAUGGGAGCAGCUUUCGACCGUCAGAAGAAUGAUGGGAACAGUGGUGUAUUUUUAGCCCAUGUUAAACACCGCUUUAGAGAAGUAUUUGAGAGAAAGUGGAUGAAAGUGUGCAUAUUUAGCAGCGUGGAGAUUGUUUGUAUAGCGUUAUUAAUCUUAUAUCGUUAACACUAUACCUCAUGGCUUAGGCAUGCGUUUUAACCGGUAGUAGGGACUGUAUUUUCUGUAUUGAUAAAAUCCUACUCGAGGAUUCUGACUCAUAUUUAAGUCACUCUGUGUGUGUGUAUGUGUGUGUAUGUGUGUUUUUCGAGGGUGACCUUUGAACUGGCUUUCCAGUCACUGCAGACGGUUUUGGCAUCCGGUAACCCCAUUUGUUGUGUGUGCGUGCGUCACAGCUGCUGCUGUCUAUUCUAAUUGGUACAGAUCAGCUUGUAGAAACUCGUAAGCCCACACGGCUGCCCGAUGACAGAAACAACCCGUGUUAAGCAAACAUUUGUGACUGCUUUGUUUUAGGUGUUCUUAAUAUAAUACAUGUUACGUGCUCACACAUGCUACAUAAAGGACUACUUUGCGAUUACAGGCCGAUUUAUUGCACUAAAGGAGGCGUAGAAAUAAGACCCGGCUUAUUUUUUUACGUUCUUAAUUCUUGGAAUGAGAUAAAUGCUGAUCAAUUAUAGCUGUUCAUUGUGCAUCGGGUUAAAAAUCAGUAUAAUGAUCCUGCGUUUCAGGCAUGAACAACAACACGGUACGUUCGUGAUCAUGGAUUUGACUCAGGUGUCUGUGUGCUGAGCAUCUAUCUGUGGCUUGCAUCGUUUUCGAAGAAUUUACUGCAACUUCUCGGUGUCAUUCCGCGUAACCUGACCCUCGCAUCUCCAUACAAACCCACAGCCGGAGACUUGAUAUGCAGAAGCUCUCUGCAUAUCAACAAGGUAGCACAUGUUAUACUUUAUCCCUGUUUGAUUUGAUUAUUUACAUGUUUUUCCUCCUUACCAUGCGUGAUCGGUGAUAACGUCCAUCCCCUCAUGUCUGCUUAAACAGCCUUGACCUUUGCUCUUAGAUCGUUAAAGCGCCGUGUGAUGCUUCUGCAGUCAGCAGGGACGCCUCUGUACGAGGGUUUAUGUAAUAACGUAACGCUAGAACGGCUGCAUGCAGCUUCGGCAACACAGCUCACGCCCAACACUUAAACAUACUGUGUGUGUGUGUGCAUGCAUGUGCAAACAUAGGAUAACUAUCAGCACACACUAACUAACUGUCCUUCAUGUGCCAUUGUUUACAGCACAUGCUGGAGCCUUCCAUUAAAAUUUUCUAAAGCUCCAGUUACAGUAACUUCCUUGCUUACAAAUUCCUGGAUAAGCAACUAACAUGGCAGAAUGGUGACAGCAGAUACCUUUUAAUAUCUGUCUAUUAAUGCUUAAAAUAAAUGGUAAUGCUUCUAAAUAAUACACCUCGAGGUGGGAGUGGGCCAUAUGAGAAGAACACUUGAAGCCAUUUCUGAUACAGUUUAUGCUCUGUAUACUUCGGAUGUAUUUCUGUAUCAUGAUGUAUUUUUUAAAAAAAAACAACAAAAAAAAAAACCAGGAAAAAAUAAGGAAAACGAGAAUUCAUCUAAUGUCUACAAAAAUUAAUGACUUAAAACUGAAAAGGAGAAAAAUUUAUAAAUUCUAGAAUUUAUAUUUUACAAUUUCAGGGCUGGUGGGCAUUUCCAAAUUGUCCAUAGUGUGAGUGUGUGAGAGUGAGUGUGUGUGUGUGUGUGAGAGUGAGUGUGUGUGUGAGAGUGAGUGAGUGAGUGUGUGAGAGAGUGAGUGUGUGAGAGAGUGAGUGUGUGAGAGAGUGAGUGUGUGAGAGAGUGAGUGUGUGAGAGAGUGAGUGAGUGUGUGAGAGAGUGAGUGAGUGUGUGAGAGAGUGAGUGAGUGUGUGUGAGAGUGAGUGUGUGAGAGUGAAUGAGAGUGAGUGAGUAUGUGUGAGAGUGAGUAUGUGUGAGAGUGAGUAUGUGUGAGAGUGAGUGUGUGUGAGAGUGAGUGUGUGAGAGUGAAUGAGAGUGAGUGAGUAUGUGUGAGAGUGAGUGUGUGUGUGAGAGUGAGUGAGUGUGUGUGUGUGAGAGUGAGUGAGUGAGUGUGUGUGAGAGUGAGUGAGUGUGUGUGAGAGUGAGUGAGUGUGUGUGAGAGUGAGUGAGUGUGUGUGAGAGUGAGUGAGUGUGUGUGAGAGUGAGUGAGUGUGUGUGAGAGUGAGUGAGUGUGUGUGAGAGUGAGUGAGUGUGUGUGAGAGUGAGUGUGUGAGUGUGUGAGUGUGUGAGUGUGUGAGUGUGUGAGUGAGUGAGUGAGUGAGUCUGCGCGAGCGUGCGAGUGAGUGUGUGUGCGAGUGUGUGAGUGCUUGUGUGCGAGUGCGCUGGGUUCGCACGCCGUCUAGGGUGUCCUCCGAGUUCCCUGCUCCAGGCUCACUGAGACUCUGUGUAGGAUACGUGGUACAGAAAAUAGAUGGAUGGAUAUUUUCCAAUUUAAAAAUUUUGAUUUUUAAAAAAAAAUAAUAAAUCCAUAAAAUGUACACAAAAAACGGUAGGGAUUCUUUGUAAUUUAUAAAUUUGUUCAUAUUUGACAAUUUUAAGCAUUUAAACCAGCACAAAACUUUAAACACCAAACCAGCUUCUUCUAAUCAGAGUUUGUAAUUGUUAUUAAAUAAAGUUAUAAAAAGAUAUCCCAAUACCUCUUUAUCGUAUAUCGUUCUAUUUCCCAGCCGUACUUCGAGCACGUUUGGUUUUGUACCAUCAUGUCACAGUACUGCUUUUGAUUAGCACCACGGACUCUGAAAAGAUGAGAUUUAUUAUUCAUUUGACGCAGAAGGAAUAAGCGUGUACUUCUUUCCGUUCAUCUUUCAAAAGUAAAAAGUCAAACAGAAUGUUUUAAUAAGCCAUGUCCUCAGUAGUUAAUCGGAUCGUUCCUGUCUGAACUAAUGUCUGCAACACGUCUCUGGUCUUAAAGAAUUUACAUUUACGCUAUAUGGCCAAAAGUUUGUGGACUCCUGGACAUAUGUACCAUGUGACCAUAGGUAUCAUACGUAACCUCCACUCGGUUUCCACCAGGUCCUCCAGUUUCCUCCCCCAGUCCAGAGACAUGCAUGGUAGGCUGAUUGGCAUGUCCAAAGUGUCCGUAGUGUAUGAUUGGGUGUGUGAACGUGUGUGUGAGUGUCCCCUGCGAUGGACUGGCACCCCGUCUAGGGUGUACCCCACCUCGUGCCCCAUGCUCCCUCUCAGGCUCCAGGUUCCACCUGACACUGUAGGAUAUAGAAGAUUGAUGGAUAACCUCCAUUCUUCUCAGAAGGCUUUCUUCUAGAUUUUGGAGUGUGGCUGAUGGACACAGUUUUGUGUUCAUUCAGCCCCAAGAGCAUUAGUGAGGUCAGGCAGUGAUGGUGCGUGAGGACGUCUGGGAUGCAAUCGGUGUUCCAGUUCAUCCCAAACGUGUUCAGUGGGGCUGAGGUCGGGGUUCUGUGCAGGACACUCUGGUUCCUCCACUCCAGCCUUGGCAAACCAUGUCUUGACGGAGCUCGCUUUGUGCUCAGAGACAUUGUCAUGAACAGGUUCGGGUCUCUUCAGGUCCUGUAACACUACAGCGUACAAAGACAUCCUAUAUAAUUAUGUGCUUCCAUCUUUGUGGUAACAGUUUGGAGAAGGCUUGCGUAUGGGUGUGAGGGUCAAGUGUCCACAUACUUUUGACUAAGUGGUGUGUAUGUGGUUGGAUAAACUACAGCAGAGGAUCUGCCACAGAAGUCAAGAAGGUUCGUGUUUAGAAAACUAGUGUCACUAAAAUACACUUUUUUUAAAAAAAAAGGUUGUUUUUUUAUGUGUGUAUCAGCUCUGCUAGAGUACUUUCAGUACUAGUUCAGUCUGCAGAAAUACUUUGCUGCGUCUGCGUCCGUACCACGGUCCACAAGUUAACAACCUUUUUCUAAACUAAGGCUGUAAACCUCCGGCUUCCGUUCCAUACGAUUACAAUUUCAAGCCAUAGAGCAAUGUUUCACUAUUUGGUGAUGCCACUGAAAUCUGCUGUGAUGUGACGUAAUGUGAUACAGUUCAUCUUAGUAGCCGCCGAUCAAAUCUGAGGUGAGCCUGCUUACGGUUUCUGAAUGACGAUGAUGUCCAGAAGGACUAUUUUUACUAGUUCAUUUCAGUAGUGGCCUUUUAAAUUGGUGCCUCGAUCCAAAAUGUUGGAUAGUUACACCAUUAAUGUAAAGUCAGAGGUGGAUUCUCACACAGCACCUUGAGGAUGAGUUGCACAUGAGUCGAUAUUACUCAAAGUCUACUGUACUGAUUCCAUCUUACCUUUACACGUCACAUCCUGGUUGAUGAUGUUCAUUGCACAAGUGAUAAAUGAGUAGGUACUGUUGUAUUAUUACUUUUAUUUAGGCACAAAUGGGGCGUAUGAAUGUAUACAUGUGUGUGUGUGAGGGAGAGAGAGACAGAGACGGAUGGGAUUAACACAACAGGAUUACAGAAGAUGGUGGCAUUAAUCAUUUAAACCAAAUUGCUCUCAUGGUGGGAGUUAAUUUAACAGGAAGUCUUGUGACUUGGGACAGUGAUGAAGCUCAGAUUGUGGGUCGGGGGUAAUCUGGCCUCUAGUGCUCUACAUUAGGACCUUGGGAAUUAUCCUCUACGGCACAAGGCCGUCUGGGUGAAACACAGAGCAGACCGGACAUGUCUACGUGUCUAUACUCGGAUGUGAACGCUAACCUGUCUAACUUGUAAAUAACAUUUAAUAGGUGACGUCAAAGAUGUUUUGGGCUAUUUGAACAAAACCAUGGUUUAAAUCAUAUGCAAACUGGAUUAUAAUGUCAUUUCAAAGUGCUUUUUCUUGUUGUUGUUGUUUUUUUGUUUUUUUUUAAUAUGUGCCAAUUUGUCUUCCUGUUCUUCUUCUUAUAAUAGUGAUAAUAUAUGUAUAGAAAAUGAUAUCCUAUACAGAGCUGUUUACAGGGUAUAACAUUCCCUUAGAAUUUUACCGUAAAUAUUCGCAUAAAUCCAUCUUUUCAUGAUAUUUGAGUAAACCUGUAAAGAGCAUACACUGAAUAAAGGCACUGCCUUCUUAUACACAGUCUAA